AUGCCAUCGGUAUUCUCAAAACUGCUCGCUGAUGGCUCGCCAAGGGCCAUUAGCCAGCUACGACUGCUAUUACAGAAAAUUUUGGAGAUAUACAUGAAUAACAGAACAGUACUUGGCAGAGCGAUAUGGAUCACGGCAAUGAUCGCAUUGUAUGGGCGGAGGAAGGGUUCUCCUUCGCCCGAGGAAAGUGGACGUAGGAGGAAAGGCCGUCGAGAUGCUGGGGGUAGCAAGAUGAAAGCUGAGGUUGAUCAAGUGUUCUUCGAGAGGUUACGGAGGCUCUUGAAGAUAGUAAUUCCUGGAUACAAGUCCAAGGAGUUCUGGCUGUUGAUUAUUCACUCAGCUUUUCUUGUAUUUCGUACAGUACUGUCAGUAUACGUAGCCGCACUAGAUGGUCGCAUCGUCAGUGCAUUGGUUAGAGGCAGCGCUAAAGAUUUUUUGAAAGGAAUGUUCUGGUGGAUGAUGGUUGCUAUACCGGCGACAUAUACCAAUAGUAUGCUCACGUAUAUGCAAAAUAAACUUGCGAUACAGUUUAGAACACGUCUUACUAACCAUAUCCAUGAUAAGUACUUGAGUGAUAUGACAUUUUAUACCAUCGGUAAUCUUGAUGAUCGAAUAAAAAAUGCCGAUCAGUGCAUUACUGUUGAUGCAAUGAAAUUCUGUAAUUCAUUAGCUGAAUUAUAUAGUAAUCUUGCUAAGCCAAUUUUGGAUACGUUCAUUUAUAACUACCAAUUGUCCAAGAACGUUGGAGGAGAAGGAUUGUUUGGGCUUUCAUUGGCCGUGCAUUUCUCUUCAGUGCUAUUAAGAGCCUUGACUCCACCAUUCGGAAAGAUGGUCGCUGAGGAGCAGAGAUUGGAGGGCGAAUUCAGAUUCACGCACUCGCGCCUUAUAGAGAAUGCUGAAGAGAUUGCUCUUUAUUCUGGUCAUUCGACAGAGAGAUACAUCCUGGAUAAGAGCUAUUUCGCCCUUAUUAAACAUAUUAACAGGAUAUUCCGGUUGCGCAUAUUCCAUGGAAUGUUGGAAGAUUUUAUUAUCAAAUAUUUAUGGGGCGCUCUUGGUCUUGCAGUAUGUGCAGUACCUGUAUUCUUUAAUGUACCUGGAUUAACCAAAGGAGGCGAUUUAGGAAAGAGAACAGAAGGCUUCGUUACUAACCGUAGAUUGUUGCUGAGCUCUUCUGAUGCUUUCGGUCGUAUUAUGUAUUCAUACAAAGAAGUCACAGAGCUAGCUGGAUUCACUGCUCGCGUCUCUGAGUUACUUGAUGUCUUUGAUGACGUCAAAGUUGGCCGCUUUGAGAAGCAGCUAGUUUCUGAGGCGUCUACAGAGGAGAAUGCAAAAGUACUGACUGGACGUGGCCAAGUGAUAGAAGGUGAUGACAUAGAGUUCAAAAAUGUACCGAUAGUAUCGCCUAAUGGUGAUGUACUUUUGAAGAGCUUGACAUUUUAUGUUAAGCCUGGAAUGCAUCUGUUGAUUGUUGGACCUAAUGGCUGUGGAAAGAGUAGUUUGUUUAGAAUUUUGGGUGGAUUGUGGCCUGUUUAUGGUGGGACUGUUCGUAAGCCAAAGUCCUCAGAAAUAUUCUACAUUCCACAACGUCCAUACCUUUCUCUUGGUACCUUACGCGAUCAAAUUAUAUAUCCCCACACAGUUGAAGACAUGAAGAAGCGCAACAUCACGGAUGAUGAUUUGCAUAAGAUUCUUGACAUUGUUCAAUUUGGCACUAUCGUUGAGAGAGAAGGAGGGUGGAACAGAGAACGUGAAUGGAAGGAUGCUCUAUCUGGCGGUGAUAAACAAAGGAUUGCAAUGGCAAGAUUGUUCUAUCACAAACCACGAUAUGCUAUUUUAGAUGAAUGUACCAGCGCGGUGAGCAUGGAGAUUGAAAAAAUCAUGUACACUCAUGCGACGGAACUCGGGAUUUCGCUCUUAACUGUCUCGCAUCGUCCGUCACUCUGGAAAUAUCACAACUUUAUUCUUCAGUAUGAUGGGCAGCGUGGCUAUGUAUUCACAAAACUAGAUGCAGAACGACGCCUAGCACUCCAAGAAGAGAAACAGAUGCUUGAACACAAGAUGGUUGAAGUUCCCAAAUUGAAAUCAAGAUUAAAUGACUUGAAGGCGAUGCUGACGGAUAUACAAGCAGCUCCUCAGAGCGCCAGCACUACGCCUCACAAUACUACUGGAGACAUAGCACCAUUCAGUCUUUCAUAG